AUGGGGGCGGUGUUCCAUACACAUCAACAAUUCACUCCUCAGUCAAACGAUACGUUACUUCCGAGCUUUGAACGCACGAAUCCGCAGCCGUUACAACCUCAGCCAACCAAUUCAUCGAAAUACUACAGCUCUAACGCGCCAUCUUCGUCUCCAAGAGGUCAGAAGAGGACCGUCGGACUGGCAUCUAAACCACAGAUAGACAGGCCGAACUCAUUCUCGUUAAACCUGGCUCCUAGCACUUCUGGUGCCACUGGGCAGAGCAACCCUGCAUACUGGCCUGGUGUCCCAUCUCUUCCAUUCAACGCUGGUCGUAACAUUCCUCCAUCAACUGCAGCAGACGGCUUAUCACAAUACAGCCAAAUAUCUCCUUAUCCAUCUUCCGGAGCUUCACAACCGCCUAUUUCACAGCUACCCCAGCAUUCUCAAUCACAAGAUUCUCAGCAGCAUCCAUCCAAUCCGGUCGACCAACAUCAACCACAGCAACAUUCGUCACAAACGAUGGCGCAAACAUUAAUGGAUUCUCAGACAAAUUCUGGUCAUAUAUCGCCUCAGGCAUCCCAACAACAAUCACCAUUAGAUCCAUAUGGCCACCGAUUCCGUUACCCAGGACACCAGCAAUCCCCUAUCCCCCAGCACCCAUCUAGCUUUCAGCAUUAUCCGGGAGCCUCGAUGUCUAUGAAUCAGACACCUGUUAGUGACAGCUCCCAGAGACUUGGUGUGCCGGUGCAGGUUCCUGUUGAAGGUCAACAGCCUCUCCCACAAUACAGCCGCCCAUAUCCUUCAUACUCUCUCCCAGCAAUGAAUGGCCCUGUAAUGAGCAACGUCCAUCACCCCUCUAGCCAGAUGGCUUUGAUAGGUUCAAUGCAGCCUAACCUCCUUCCUGGAUUUAACAGUGGGCAUGCUGCCAGCUUACAACAAAUGUACGCACACCAGCAUCCGCAAGCCCAUCAUAUGCAUGGGCUCGGUCCUCCUGGUCCACAAAAUGAUAGGCCAUUCAGAUGUGACACUUGCCAGCAAAGCUUUAACCGAAAUCACGACUUAAAACGACAUAAGCGCAUACACUUGGCUGUUAAGCCAUUUCCUUGUAACCACUGUGACAAGAGCUUUUCGAGAAAGGAUGCCCUCAAGAGACACAUUCUCGUCAAAGGUUGCGGCAAAGACCCUCAUGCUGAAAGUGAUAACUCGAGAGUUAUAAAGUCUGAGCCGGCAGUACCCUUUUCGGCAUCUCAUUCCGGAAAGGAUGACGAUGCUAGCAGUGCCACACCACCCUCCGCAGCUGGAUCGCGUAAGGGCAGUAAUGGUGGAAUAUAA